AUGAGAAGUUUAAAGUCUUGCUUUUUUAAACAUAAUUGGAACAUAUGUUUAUUAUGGAUAAGAGUGAUUUUAAGUAGUUCCCUUUUAAUAUCUUUAAUAUUUUAUAACAAUGUUUUUAAUUGUAAAAUUAAAUAUGGAAAAAGUCAUACAGAAGAUUCUUUCAAUUUAAUAAAACUGAGAAGCUUAUCUGAAUAUAAUAAAAAUUACGAUGGAGAAUAUUAUGAUAUAUUAAAAUUAAAUAUAGAUAAUGAUAAGUUAAAACAAUGUGCAAUGAGGAUUCAUCCUGAAGUUGAAUUGAUUGGAAAGGAGUCUGAAUGUUUUGGGGAAAACAUGAAUGAAGUAUAUAUAAAACUUAUAACUGAUUUAAAACCUGAUUUGAUUAAUGUAAAUGCAACAAGUAAAAAGGAAUUGCUAAAUGAAUGGGAUUUUAUUAUGAAUAAUUUUAAUGGAAAGAAUGUUGAAAAAAUCGUUGAAAUAAAGGAUGAAACAAAUGAUGAAACAGACAAUGAAACAAAUGAUGAAACAGACAAUGAAACAAAUGAUGAAAAAAGUAUAAAAAAGAAGAAAAAAAAAAGAAAGGGAAAACCUAGGAUAAGAUAUAUUGCAGAGAUGGUUGGAUAUGGUACUAUAUGCAUAGCUGGUGCUCCUGUUAUAUUAACUCUCAUUAUUGUUGGAGGUUUCAUAUGGGGUGUUAAAGGUACAAAAUAUGCAAGAAAAUAUUUUAAUAUUAUAAAAAAAUUGCUUUUUACAAAAGUACCAUUUUAA